AUGCACAAAUGUGUCAAUUUAGAUUGUUUUAACAGUGAGUUUAAAACAAAUGUUAUCCCAAUGAAUGAAAAUUUAAAUCAAAGUAGUAUAUUAAGAUAUAGUUGUGAAGAAAAAGUGGAAAAAAAGUUUCAAAAUAAUGAAAAGAGCUUUUUAAAUCAUAGUGAUAUUGAUAUAAAUAAGUUGAAUAAUAAAUAUUUGUAUGUAUGUAAUAAUUUAACAAAAGAUAAUUUAAAAAAAAAAAUUUUGAAUAAAACACCUGAUGAAAAUUUUAAAAAUUACAAUUAUGUCUAUUCAGAUUGUGUAAAUAGAAAUAAUACUAUUUAUUCUGAAAAGAAUCUGAAUGAUAUAAAUAGAAUUAAAUUGAAUAAAGAAAAUAAAAUUUUAACGAAUAAGCAUAUAUGUACUUUAAUAAAUAAUGAUAGUAAAACAAAUAAUAAUAUAAUUAUUAAUAUGAAUAACCAGAAUAAGAAUUUAACUGAAAACCAAAAUAAGAUAUUGAAAAAUGUGAGUGAUAAUUUAGAUCCUAUAAAUAAAAAGGGUAAUCGCAAAAAUAUAAUGGACAUAACUAAUACUAUAUUAAUAAAUAAUAUUGAUAAAGAUAAUUAUAGGAAAGAAUAUUCUUUUUACGAAAAGGGUAACUUAAUGGAAAGAAAAUUUGAUAAUAAUGAGCAAAAAAAUAAUUACAACUUAAUGGAAAAUAAUUAUAAUUCCAUUCAUAUAAAAGGUAAUGAAAAUAUAGAAAAUAAUUUUUAUUUAGAUAUAGGUGAAAAAAAAGAAGAAAACAACUUAAUUAAAAAUUAUGGGAUUAAUAAUAAAAAAGAAAAUAUAAGUAGAAAUAAUAUAUAUAACAUUUUUAUGAACUCUAAUGCUAAUAAAAAUAACAACACAAAUAUUGGAAUUCUUAAUUUUUUAAAAAAUAAAAAAAUAUAUAAGUAUUCUUAUGAUAAUAAAGGAAUUAGAAACGAAAUUAAAGAAAAUAAUUUAAAAAAAAAUGAAGAAUUAAUAAAAGAUCUUAAUUUGAGUUCAUUUAAAACAUUAAAAUUCCAAGAAAAAGAAAAUUAUGAUAUAAAAAAUUCGUGUAGAAUAGAAUUAAAUGAAAGUUUAAAAAAUAAAGAAAAUGAAGAAGAUUCAUAUAUAAAAACAAAUUCUACAAAGAUAAAUCAAAAUAAUCCUUUUAGUGUACAUCAUUACGUAAAGAAGGAAAAUAUUAAUACACGAGAUAAUUCUGUAAAUAAUAUUCCAAAAAAUUAUAUAGAUGAUAAGGUGUCAGAAUACUCAAAAAGAAAUACUAAUUAUUACGAUAUGAAUAAAAUAAUGUCAAUUAUUAAUGAAAAAUCUAAAUUUAAUAAAAAGAGUCUAGAUAUUUUUACAACUUUGUCAGAAAUACAUAGUAUACAUAGUAGUAAUUAUAAUCAUUAUUCUAAAAAUUCUCUAAAAAAUGAAAUAAUAAAACAGAAAGAAUUUAAUAUUGAAAAUACAAAUAACAAUGAAAAUUACAAAAACGAAGAAACUACAGAUGAAGAAAGCUACAUUAAUAAACAAAACAAAGAAAACGCCAAUUUUCUUCACAAAGAAGAAAAAAAACAUAAACAUAUAAAAAAAAAAGAAGAAUCAUCAUAUAAAUUCACUUCAUCUUAUUCUUCUCCAUCUUCAACAAACUCAACUAUAUGUUCAUCAUUAUCUAAAAAAAAAACUACAGGAAAUAAAAUAAAAAAAGAAAUUCAAGAUAAUAAAAAGGUGAAAAAUAUAAAAUAUAAGAAAAAUAAUAUUAAAGAAAAUAGUGAUGUUAGAAGUAAACAUGAAAAAAAACAUUUUAAUAUGAAUAAAAGUGGUGAUAAUUGCAUCGUUAAUGAUUGGAAUAAGAAGGUUUCUACUAACUACAAUUGCAACAGUAAUAGUAGUAAAUAUGAUAAUAAUAACAUUAGUAAUAAUGACAAAAAUAGCAGUAGUAAUAAUGAUAAUAAUAAUAAUAAUAAUACUAGUAAUAAUUAUAAUAAUAAUACUAGUAACAAUGAUAAUUAUAAUAGUAGUAGUAAUCAUAACAAUAAUAAUAAUAUUUUUACUAACAACAAAAAUAAUCUCACUAGCUAUAUAAGCAAUAUAUAUUGUAAAAAUAAAAUAAAAAAUAAAAACAGUAAUAAUAAUAGUAACAACAGCUAUAAUAAUUCUGAAAGCAACUUUUUUAUAUACAGUAAUUUCUCUAAUGAUAAUUUUUCUUCUGAUAAUAAUUUGAAAAGUACCAAUCAUUACAAUAUCAAAUGUAAUGGUUUGAAAAAUGAUAAUAAUAAUAAUAAUAAUGAUGAAAAUAGUUAUUAUGAAAGUGAAAAACAUUCAAUUUUUGAUAACGUAUCUAACUCUAUAGAUAAUUCUAGUAACAAAGACAAUAGUAAUGAUAAAAAUAAAAAUAAAAUAGAUUUAAAAAAAUCAAAAAUUAAAUAUGAAAAUAAUAAAAAUGCUGAUCAAAGUAAGAUCAAGAAUGGAUCAUUAAUAAAUGAUAAACAUACAUUUCUAAAGAACAAAAAUAAUGCAAAAGUUAAAACAAAAAAUUUUGAAAGUUACAAAAAUAAUAAGAAAGAUAGUCAUAAUUCAAUUCUAGAUGAUUAUACUUUUAAAAAAGAAAAAAAAAUAAACACAAAUGAAUAUAACCAUGAUAGUAAAAAAAAAAGUAAUAUUGAAAGAAAUAAAAAUCAGAACAAAUCUUGCAAAAGUCAUGAUAAUAAAAAUAAAAGUGAUGUUAAAUACAAUAGUAAUGAGAAUUAUACUGACGAUAAAACUUCUACUAGUAGAAUUAUUAUUAGUAGAAAUAGUAGUAUUAGUACUAGUAAUCGUAGUAGUAAAUAUUUUAAUAGCAACAUUAUCAGUGAUAUCAAUACAAAUGAAAAAAAUAGUAAUUUGAAUAAAAAAGUUAAUAUUCAUAUGAGAGAAGAAUUAAAAAAUAUGAAUAGUGAUUUAUGUGAUCAUAUAAAAAAUGAAUGUAAAAUUCUUAGUAAUGAUGAAAAUUGCUUAAAAAAUAAUAAAAUAUUAAAUGAAAUGAAUAUUCAAAGUAAUACCAAUAAUAUCAAUGGAAUAAAAAAUUAUGAUAGUAAAAAUGAAAUAAUAAAUAGUAGUUAUAAUCUUAAAAAAUCUACAAAUAGUUUAAAUAACAAUACCAAAAAGAAAAAUACUAAAGAUGAAAACGAAAAAAAAAUAAAAACAAAGAAUAGAGAAGAUUCUAAUUUAAGUAAUAAGAAGAGAAUAAAUAUUAGCAAAAACAACAAUAAUAAUAAUAAUGAAGUCACUAAGGAUAAGAAUAUUUGUAUCUAUAAUUCACCUAAUAAUAAAAAUAUAAAAGAUAGUAGUUAUAAUCAAUAUGAGAAUCAUAAUUUUAAAGAAAAGAAUGAUUAUAAAGAAAAAAGACAGGAAUAUAAAGAUUUUAUUUGUGAUGAAAGUUUAUGCAUAACAAAAAAUAAAGAAAUGUGUGUUGUUUCUGAAAAAAAAUCAAAAGAAAAAAAAAUACUGAAAAAUAACGUGGAGUUAAAUACUUUAGAUAAUUUGAUAAAUUAUGAUAAUGUUUUAUCUAAAAGUAUUACUACUAUUAACUCAAAUAUUUUAAAAAAGAAGAGUGAACAAACUUACAAAAUUAAAAAAGAAGUUAAUGUUACAAAAUCUAAUUAUAAUAAUUUGCAAAAUUUUUCUAAAAAAAAUAAUGAUAAAACAGUAGAUACACAUAUAAAAUAUAUUGCAUCAAAAGAUAAUAUGAAAAAUAAUAUUUCGAAAGAUUUUAAAGAAAAAAUAGCCUCAAAUAAAAAAAUAGAAUGUAAAAAUAAUAAUAAAUUAAUCAUUAGUGAAGUAAGAACAAAUAAAAAAAUAUUAAAAAGUGACUUAAAUAAGGAAAAUAUCUUAUAUCAUGAUGACAAAAAAAGAAAUCUAUUUGAUGAAAAGAGUGAAGGCAGCACAUUAAUAAAUAUUAAAAAAAACGAAAAAAUAAUCAAACAAAAAAAAUAUAUAAUUAAAAAUAAUACAAAUGUCCAAAAUAAUAAGAUUGAUAACUUAAACAGUAGUAAUCCAUCUAGUGUAAAUAAUAUUAAACUUAAUGGAAUAUUAGAUACUUCCGAAAAUUGUAAAAGUUCAAAUAAAUUUGAAAAUUAUAAAUUUUGUGAAAAAAAAAAAAAGGAUAAUGAUUAUAUUUGUGACGAAAUUUCUAAUGAGAAUAUUUCUAAGAAGGAAUUAUUAAAUGAUUUUAAUGACAAUUUACUUAAUAAAAGUAAUGAUGUAUCUCAUACUAUUAUUUCAUGUAUAUCAGAAAGUAACUAUGAAAACUUAAUUACAAAUAAUAAAAAUAGAGAAUCUUUAAACGUACACAUAAUGCCGUGUAUAAAUGAAGAUUUAAAAAAAAAUCAAAAUAAAUCUAUAGAAGUGGUAAAUUCUAAAACAUUUGAUGAAAACAAUAGUAAUAAUAGUGUUAAAGAGGAUAUAAGUAAUAUAAAAAAAAUGAAUACAUUAAAUAAAAAUGAAAAUGAAAUUUGUAAUAAAGAAGAAAAUAGAAUAAUAUCAAAAUUAGAAGCAUUAAAUAACGAGAGAUUACAUAAUAUAAAAUACGAUCAGAAUAUUAAAAAUAAGAUUGAAAAUAAAACUUUUGUGAAUAAAAAUAAUUUUUCUGAGAAUGAGGAAAAACAAAAAGAAAUGAUGAAUUAUGAAAAAGAAGAAAAUCAUAAAAAAAUAGAUAUUCAAGAUUUGCAACAAAAAAAAAAUUUCUUAAAUAAUAAUUAUAAAAAUCCUUUUUACUUAUUUACAAAAGAAAAUAAUAAAUAUAUAAAUUCACUUGUAAAAACUGAUAAAACUUUUUCUAUAAUAGACAAUAUUGAAUUAAAAAAAUGUAAUAUUUAUAAUAAAUCAUUACAAAAUAAAAGUAAAAUUAACAAAGAUAAUAAUAUAAAUAAUAAUACAAAUAAUAAUAUAAAUAAUGAUAUAAAUAAUGAUAUAAAUAAUGAUAUAAAUAAUAAUUAUUCAGAUAGUAAGAUAAAUCAAAGUUAUUUUAAUAACUAUACACAAAAUAGUAUAUUUUCGAACAGAAGUAAUUUCGAAAAGAAAGGAAAUGAUGAUGAAAACACUAGAAGUGUAGAAAAAUAUUUAAAAAUAAAUUGUAACUUAAAUAAUUCCAAUAAAAAGGAAGAAAAUAUUAAAAAAAGUAUAACUUUAAAUGGAACAAUUGUGAAAAAUACACAACAAAAAAAAGAUUUAGGAAAAAACAAAAAUACUCAACUUAUAAAUAGUGAUUUAAAUGAAAAUGCACAAAAUAUGAACAAAAACUCUUACUGUGAGAAAAGUCAUUGCAACAUUAAAAAAGAUAUAAAUACUUAUAUCAAUAAUAUAAAUAACAAUGAAGAUAAAAAAAAAAGAUAUAUAAGCAAUUUAAUCCCUUUUCAUGAAUUUGAAAAUUCUAAGUUUUUAAGCGAAGUAUUAUUAGAAAAAAAUGAAAACUUAAAUAAUAUGAAUAACACAAUUAUAAGAGAACAAAAAAUAAUUUUUGAUAACUUUUCUUUAGAUCUUACAAAUAUUAUAAAAAAUUAUAAAGAAAAAUCAGAAAAUUACUUAAAUAAAAAAUAUAUGAAUGACUUAAAUAGAAUUUAUUUUUUAGUUCAAAAAUUCAUAGAUACUUAUUCAUGUAGUGAAAAUUUAAAAUCUAUUUUUCAACUUCUUAAAAGUGAACUUGAGAAAACUAAAAAAGAAAGUUUAUAUUUUUGUAAAGACCAAAAUUUUUUAAUUUUCCCGAUAUCUAUUAAUAAUAUUAAAAGAAAAAAUAACAAUUUAGAUAACGUAGAAAAUGAAAACAUAAAUGAAAACAAAAUUAGUAACCCUACUUCGAAGAGUGACAAUUACACUUUAGAAAGUUGUAAAAAUGAAUCAGAUUUAGGAUAUAGCUGCUUUAAAAUGAACAAAAUAGAAAGCGAUCUUAAUAUAUUUAAGAAUGAAGAUAAUAAUUUUAAUGAUAAUUCUAGUAACAAUGAUAGUAUUAAUAAUAAUGGUAAUAAUAAUUAUUAUUUAAAAGAAUAUAUGAAUAGAAAAUAUAGGAGGAAACAUCAUAUGACUAUUACACCGUAUAAUAACAAUUCAAAAAAUUGUAGAAUAAAUAUGAGUAAAUACUUAAUAAAUCACAUCAAAAUAAUUUAUAAAAAUAAAUAUAGUUUAAAAAAUUAUUACAUAAAAAAAAAAAGGAUAAAAAAUUUUAACAAAUAUUAUUUAUUGAAAAAAAACACUUUUAUCGUAAGAUACAAAAAUUAUGUACAUAAAUUUAAGUUAAAUAAUUAUUUUCUUUUAAAAAAUAAAAAAUUAUACAAUAAAAAAAAUUACAAAUUCCUUAAGGUUCAUUUUUUUUAUAAUAAUGAAAUAUUUUGUAAAAAAGAUAGAUGCAGAAAGGAAACCAUACAUAAUAAUGAAAGAAUUAAUUGUGAGGAUAAUGCAGAUUACAAUUUAGAAGAUUUCUUUGUUUCUGAUGAUGAAGUAAAUCUUAUUUAUAUGUAUAAUAAUCAUCUUAAUGAAAAAGUAUAUAGCUUAGAAAAGAUUGACAUAAUUAAAAAUGGAAAUUCUAAUUAUACCACACUUAAUUAA